ACGUACCAGAAAACCGCAAUCAAAAUGCUUGCAGUCCACUUCCCCUCGUCGCCUAUAGACGCAAGAACGCCCAGCCCACCAACCUCUUACCGCCCAGACUACUACACAUCGGGGCCGCUCCUCCAGCCACCACCGGUCAACAAACGCCGGGCCGGGCCACCAAAGCUAUCGCUCCAGAUCACCAACGAGACCUGCAGAACAUUCUCCAAGUCCUCCAUCCCACCAAUCUCCGCCGGUCCGCUAUCACCAACCUCACUCUCCACCCAGCGCAACACGCAAUUCAACGCGCGCCGCGAUUCCGCUCCUACAAGUUUCUCCGCCGCCCCAACCGAAGCGGGCAUUUCGCGGACGAAUGGCAGCAACAAGAAGAGAAGGACGGGCGCACGAACAGUCGGUUUCGCCGAAGGCGUCGAGGUGAUCGGGUACUCUGUACGAUGGGAAGACCAGCAGCCACAGCAGGUUGAGGAGGAGAGCUCCUCGAGUAGCAGCAGCGAGGAUGAUGAGGAGGAGGUUAGGGCGCGAAAGGUUGGAGGAAACUUGAGGGGGUUGGAGCAGAUGGAGGCGUUGAAGCUUGGACGUGGCUCGUCGAGAGGAUAUAAUUGGAGGAUGAAGAUGCUGAACGCUAGGUCUUCUGUUCCUACCACUACAGUUGAGGUUCCUGAGCCUAUGUCUGCCACUACGAGUACAAGCACUGGUGGGGUGGGGUUCGGAUUUGGGGGUGGGAUUGGAAGGUUUUCGUGAUUAUGACGGGGAUUUGAGAUUUUCGUUCUUUUUUGUCCUUUUUAUCAUACUUCGAUUCUAUGUAUAUUUUGACACAUUCAUUAUUUUACUUCCUUUUGUUUUUUUCGGGGAACUCUUUUAUCUUACCCUUAUACAAACUUGCUUCGCUUCACUUCAUCCACUUUACCACAUUUUAUCUCCACCUUACAAGAUUUUCUAUAUCGCCAUAUUACUACUUCACCGUAUCUUUUAUUUCCAUCAUCUCUUCUUCCUCCAAGAUACCAUCAUAUCUUAUGUCGAUGGUCAUACUGGUAGUGCCAUCUUUUACUCGAGCAUCAUUCAAAUAAAUACUUCAGAGACUCUCCCGAAAAUAAUUGACCCACAAGUAUUCCAGCGAUUGGUCCCCGCACUUGCUCAUAAAAGUACUCGUAGGGAUGAAAAAGUGGGAGCCUCGGAAAAUCCCGCAGAAACAGUCACCAAUUUAGGCUGUUCCAUGAUUCACCAAUUCGUGCACUUGUACUGUACUUAAUUUACUUAGCUACAUCAUGACACUUGCCCCUAUACGGUGACAACUACGCACCGCUAUGUGCAUGGCAUUAGACCACAGUAGCAUACAAUGGCAAAGCAGCUCACCGCACGAACAGGAAUAAUCCCUCGGCACGAGACCGCGAAGAUAAACUGGGAGCGCCGGCGCCCUGACCCUUUCAAGCCAUUCGGCAUGCCAACGGUGCGUGCUGGAUAUAUUAUAGACUAUGGAUACUAAUGGACACUUGGUGACGGGGCAAAAGUUCGUGUGAGCGCAAGCCGCUAUCGUAUGCCACCCGAAUCCGAGCAGAAAUGCCAGAACUCGGGGGUAUGCAAUAGCGGUCGUGUUCAAAAGGAUCAACCCGCUACUCGAGUACGAGUGGUUUAAAAAAGGCCGCUCACGUCGUGAGUGAGUGAGUGAAGUUAAGCUAUAGUCAGCCACGAUGACUUAUGCUGCGCUAAUCAUAG